AUGUUUGCAUUAGUUUUUUGGACGGCUAAUAAAACAACUAGCAUUAUAGAAGUAAAAAACUUGCAUCCAGAUGUAGAAGAGGAAAAUUUAACGAUUGCCGAAUAUAAAGAUGGAAAAAAAUACAAGGCAAAAGUCGUGCUGAAAAGUUACGAUAAAGAAUAUUUGAGUAAGGUCACGGUUGACACGGAAGGAAAGAUAAUGGCGAAGAAAACGCAAAAAGAGGAAGUUGCAAGAUCCUUGAACGAAAAGGUUGGAAAAAUACCCAGCAUCUUUGAUCAACCUUCAACCAGCAAAAAGACUUUCAACGAUUUAGAAUUGUCGCCUGAAGGAAAAUCAACUGCCUGUAAGAGAACGAGAAAUGAAAGUGCAUUGAAUGAUAAGAGUGAUACCGAAAAAGCACGCUAUCUCAAACACAAAAACAGUUUACAAAAAAGCAAAAGAGAGCACUCGGACAGCAGUGACAGUGAAGAAGGCAGAAAGGUUCCAAAAAAAUCACUCAAACUAGCCAUUACAAGCAGCGAAAGCGAAUUCCAGGACGACAAUUUGAGCGAAAUUCAGAGUGACAGCGACAAAGAGGAAGAUGAGAAUCUGAAAUCUGUGCCUUAUAAGAGAGAACGUGAGCGAGAACGCGAGGAGAGUCAACGCGAGCGAGAACGCAAGGAGAGAGAACGCGAGCGAGAACGUGAACGAGAACGAGAACGCAAGGAAAGAGAACGCGAGGAAAGAGAACGCGAGGAAAGAGAACGCGAGGAGAGAGAACGCGAGGAGAGAGAACGCGAACGAGAACGCGAACGAGAACGCGAGGAGAGCGAACAAGAAUUUCGGAGUGACGACGAUGAUGAUUUUUUGGGUGGUGACUAUCACGAGAAUAAUGAGAGACAGAUUGCUGCUGCCCGUGACAGAGAACGAGAGAUAGAGGAGAGAGAACGCGAGCGAGAACGCGAGCAGAGAGAACGUGAACGAUUACGCGAGGAGAGAGAUCGCGAGGAAAGAGAACGCGAGGAAAGAGAACGUGAGGAGAGAGAACGCGAGCGAGAACGCGAACGAGAACGCGAGGAGAGCGAACAAGAAUUUCGGAGUGACGACGAUGAUGAAUUUUUGGGUGAUGACUAUCACGAGAAUAAUGAGAGACAGAGACCUGUAGCCGUAGAUCCGUUGGAUGAAUGUCGCCGAGCUGGCAAUGGAAAAGUUUAA